UCUCUUCUCAGUUCUCAAAACAAAGAGCAGAGAGGCAACAAGACGACUGUGAGUGGAACACUUGAUUGAUUGAUUCAGGUUCGUUUUAUUUACCAUUCUACCCUCUUCAACUCGUCUCCUUCGUCGAUUUCAGAUGGAAACCUAGAUUUCAAAUUUGCUUUAAUCGCCGGAAUAUAGUUAGAUGGGUUUUCGCGAUUUUGGGAAUCCGAGGCUCGCGGUGGUGAGAUUUGCGUCUUUGAAUUUAAAUUUAGGUUUCUGGAGUCUGCUUAGUUCGUUUAAGUGGAAGAGAUGAUGAAGAGACAUCAGUUUUGGAUUAAGCUCAAAUACGAUGAACGGUGUUAUUCAUUCCGGUAAAAGUGUUGUAGUCCGUAAAGCUUAUCGAUUUCUCUUCACAUCGAGGAAGUUUUGCAAUGGUAGUAGCAUCGGUGGUGAUGUAACCGAAGAGCCUAUGAAGAUAACAUGGGAAUCUUCUGAGAUGGAUUGUGGGGUUUUUGAGGAGGAGGAGGAGGAACAUGGUGAGAAAAUCUCUGUAAGGAGAAGUUUUUUGGAGAGUGCUAAGCUCGGUGCGUCUCGUGUUCUCGAUACUUUACAGCAAGAUUGUCCCGGUUUCAAUACGAAAUCAGCUUUAGAUGAGUUGAAUGUUACAAUCUCAGGGCUUUUGGUUAGAGAGGUUCUCGUUGGGAUCUUAAGGACACUGAGCUAUGAUAAUAAGCCUAGGUGUGCUAAGUUAGCUUACAAGUUCUUUUUAUGGUGUGGUGGACAAGAGAGUUUCAGGCAUACGGCGAAUUGUUAUCAUUUGCUUAUGAAGAUAUUUGCAGAGUGUGGUGAGUAUAAAGCCAUGUGCAGGCUGAUUGAUGAGAUGAUCAAAGAUGGUUAUCCAACUACAGCACGCACGUUUAAUCUGCUGAUAUGUACUUGCGGUGAAGCAGGCCUUGCUAGGGAUGUCGUGGAGCAGUUCAUCAAGUCGAAAACUUUCAACUACCGACCUUUCAAACACUCUUAUAACGCUAUUUUGCAUUCUUUGCUUGGGGUGAAACAGUACAAGCUGAUUGAUUGGGUUUACGAGCAGAUGUUAGAAGACGGGUUUUCCCCGGAUGUUCUCACUUACAAUACUGUAAUGUUUGCAAACUUUAGGUUAGGGAAAACAGAUAGGCUUUACAGAUUGCUUGAUGAAAUGGUUAAAGACGGGUUUUCUCCUGAUUUGUAUACAUACAAUAUUCUCCUCCACCAUUUAGCAACAGGGAACAAGCCUCUCGCUGCUCUUAACCUGCUAAAUCAUAUGAGGGAAGUAGGAAUAGAGCCUGGUGUGAUCCAUUUCACUACUCUGAUAGAUGGGCUGAGCCGAGCUGGGAAGUUGGAAGCUUGCCAAUACUUUAUGGACGAAAUGGUGAAAGUUGGGUGCACGCCGGAUGUUGUUUGCUACACUGUUAUGAUUACAGGGUAUAUUUCAGGCGGGCAGCUCGAGAAAGCUGAGGAGAUGUUCAAAGAGAUGACGGAAAAGGGGCAACUCCCGAAUGUUUUCACGUACAAUUCCUUGAUCCGCGGGUUUUGUAUGGCGGGAAAGUUCAAAGAGGCGUGCUCGUUGCUCAAGGAAAUGGAGUCAAGAGGGUGUAACCCUAAUUUUGUUGUGUAUAGUACUCUGGUGAACAAUCUAAGAAACGCAGGGAAGCUUUUAGAGGCUCACGAGGUAGUCAAGGACAUGGUGGAGAAAGGGCAUUAUGCCCAUUUAAUUUCAAAGCUGAAAAAAUAUAGAAGAUCCUAGUUUUUGGUUUUUGUUUUAUAGGCGAUUUUGUGAUAUUUGAUUAAACAAAAUGUAGCUGUUCUCAGUUUUGGCCUUCAUUAUCCUAUACUGUCGCAGAUAUGU